AUGUCGAUACAACUCUUGAUGGCAGAUCCUAACCGUCGCACCAACGGAGGUACUGGCCGAUCGAAUGGGACUAGAAAUGCUUUGAGGUAUGCUCACUCACCACAAGUAAUGGCCUUUCUCCACUCAACACUGGGCAAGGGCAAACGAAUGGAUUCCAGCCGUUGGGCACCGAGGCACGGACAGAUUACACAAACCAAUUGGCGCACUUGGAAGAACAGAAUCGGCUUCGACGACAAGCAGCGCAAGAUGAACGACGCCAUGCACAAUCGCAACCACAGAGUCCUGUGGAACCGCCACCACCAAGAUGGAACCAGUAUGAACCACGCUCUGCGAUCGACGGUACCUACUGGAGCCGGGCUGAAGCAGAGCCUUCAAGUGCAAGCACGACGACCAGCGGUAGUCAAAGUGCCAGCGACUCCAUCUAUCGGUAUCAGCAGAUGCUGCUCAUCGAACAGCAGCGACGUAUCCGCGAGAUGGAAGAGACGCGUCGACAGCAGGAGCGGCAAAGGCAGCGCGAACAGCAGGAUCGCCGGCAGUGAGUACAUCACACGACCGGCGACAUCUCCAGCGUUCUUGCGUUCAGCCACACAUCAGAGCGAGCGAGUGAGCACAGCGUUGCACUUGAUGUAUCCAGCCUGCCAGCCGCAGCCUCAGGCCACGAUCACGUGCCCGAGCGUUCUUGGCAUCGCUACCUCUUCUUCGCAGAACCCGUAG